AUGCACAACUCUGGCAUCGGUGUUCCGCCUUCGCUAUUUACGGCCACCCGUUUGAUGGGGGAGAGGGUAGGCAAGCCUUGGAACUACCCCAUUACUUCUAACCUGGCUCAGAGGGCGCCAGAGUGCUAUUCGCAGCCACAAGGUGACUCGCCGGAUAAUCACCGAAACAUCCGCUGGCUUCUCCAGAGUACCGGAUACCUGGACCUGGACCGGGGAUCUAGACGGGCGAACGCGUCGCCACGUGCCCAGACCUUUCCGAAGCAGCUUGCGCAGCUUCUCUCAUCUUUCGCCGUCGCAGUAGAGGAGAUGCAUGGCAUGGAAGGACAAUGCUGUGCCUUUUCACUGCGCUGA